GGUCUGAGCUCCUUCUAUCAUUCCCACAAGGCAACAGGAGCAGAGAGCAGCCAUUGCUGUGUCUGGCAGCAGAAGGGGGAGCAUAUAGAGGAACACAGGGGUCUGUACAAGGACGUGAUGAUGGAGAAUCACCGGCCCCUCACAUCACUGGAUGGGCCCAGUAACAGAGAUACCCCAGAGAGAUGUCCCCGUCCUCUGUAUUCCGAGGAUUGUACAGAGGAGAAUCACAGGAUCCCACAGGAGGAUCAGGAAGAACGUCUGUCUGAUAUAAAGUCAGAAGAUGUAGAGGGAGAAGAAGAGACGUAUGUGACUGAUAUGAAGGGAGAAGAAGAGACGUAUGUGGCUGAUAUAAAGGCAGAAGAUACAGAGGGAGAAGAAGAAACGUAUGUGACUGAUAUGAAGGCAGAAGAUACAGAGGGAGAAGAAGAGACGUAUGUGACUGAUCUAAAGGCAGAAGAUAUAGAGGGAGAAGAAGAGACGUAUGUGACUGAUAUGAAGGGAGAAGAAGAGACGUAUGUGACUGAUAUAAAGGCAGAAGGUACAGAGGGAGAAGUAGAGACGUAUGUGACUGAUAUAAAGGCAGAAGAUACAGAGGGAGAAGAAGAGACGUAUGUGACUGAUAUGAAGGCAGAAGAUACAGAGGGAGAAGAAGAGACGUAUGUGACUGAUAUAAAGGUAGAAGAUAUAGAGGGAGAAGAAGAGACGUAUGUGGCUGAUAUAAAGGCAGAAGAUACAGAGGGAGAAGAAGAAACGUAUGUGACUGAUAUGAAGGCAGAAGAUAUAGAGGGAGAAGAAGAGACGUAUGUGACUGAUCUAAAGGCAGAAGAUAUAGAGGGAGAAGAAGAGACGUAUGUGACUGAUAUGAAGGGAGAAGAAGAGACGUAUGUGACUGAUAUAAAGGCAGAAGAUACAGAGGGAGAAGAAGAGACGUAUGUGACUGAUAUAAAGGCAGAAGAUACAGAGGGAGAAGAAGAGACGUAUGUGACUGAUAUGAAGGCAGAAGAUAUAGAGGGAGAAGAAGAGACGUAUGUGACUGAUAUAAAGGCAGAAGAUACAGAGGGAGAAGAAGAGACGUAUGUGACUGAUAUAAAGUUAGAAGAUAUAGAGGGAGAAGAAGAGACGUAUGUGACUGAUAUAAAGGCAGAAGAUACAGAGGGAGAAGAAGAGACGUAUGUGACUGAUAUAAAGGCAGAAGAUACAGAGGGAGAAGAAGAGACGUAUGUGACUGAUAUAAAGUUAGAAGAUAUAGAGGGAGAAGAAGAGACGUAUGUGACUGAUAUAAAGGCAGAAGAUACAGAGGGAGAAGAAGAGACGUAUGUGACUGAUAUAAAGGCAGAAGAUAUGGAGGGAGAAGAAGAGACGUAUGUGACUGAUAUAAAGGCAGAAGAUACAGAGGGAGAAGAAGACACGUAUGUGAGGGGUGAUCAGCAGUGUAAGGAGGAGGAGAUCCCUACAGAUAUCAGCACAGAUGGACACACAAGCAGGAAUAUCACAGAAGGACAACUAAUGUUAACCGCGGAUUGCGAAAUAAGAGAUAAUGACAGUAGACCGGAUUCUCCAGGAGAUAACCUCAUUACCCCAAUUAUACAUCCAGCUCUAUCGACUGGUCCCCCUGAUCCUGGGAAAUGUUCUCCUGAUCACUCUGAUAUUGGUGCAUCUGUUACAGCUCAGAGAGUAGAUCCAGAGUUUCCAUGUGCUAUAGAUACCAAAUGUUUUACACAGAACACAAAGCCUAUUAACCCGCAGAUAAGUAAGGCAGGUGAGAGGCCAUUUCUAUGUUCUGAGUGUGGGAAAUGUUUUCCAUACAAAUCAGAUCUUGUUAGACAUCAGAGAAGUCACACAGGUGAGAGGCCAUUUCCAUGUUCUGAGUGUGGGAAAUGGUUUGCACACAAAUCAGAUCUUGUUAAACAUCAGAGACAUCACACAGGUGAGAAGCCAUUUCCAUGUUCUGUGUGUGGGAAAUGUUUUGCACACAAAUCAGAUCUUGUUAUACAUCAGCGAAGUCACACAGGUGAGAAGCCGUUUCCAUGUUCUGAGUGUGGGAAAUGUUUUGCAAACAAAUUACAUCUUGUUAGACAUAACAGAAAUCACACAGGUGAGAGGCCAUUUUCUUGCUCUAAGUGUGGGAAAUGUUUUAUCCAGAAAUCAUAUCUUGUUAUACAUCAAAGAAGUCACACAGCUGAGAAUCUAUUUCCAUGUUCUGAGUGUGGGAAAUGUUUUGCACAUAAAUCAAGUUUUGUUACACAUCAGAGAUAUCACACAGGUGAGAAGCCAUUUCCUUGUUCUGAGUGUGGGAAAUGUUUUAUCCUUAAAUCAGAUCUUGUUAUACAUCAAAGAAGUCACACAGGUGAAAAUCCAUUUCCAUGUUCUGAAUGUGGGAAAUGUUUUGUACACAAAUCAGAUCUUGUUAUACAUCAAAGAAGUCACACAGGUGAGAGGCCAUUUUUUUGCUCUGAGUGCGGGAAAUGUUUUAUCCAGAAAUCACAUCUUGUUAUACAUCAAAGAAGUCACACAGGUGAAAAUCUAUUUCCAUGUUCUGAGUGUGGGAAAUGUUUUGCACACAAAUCAAGUCUUGUUACACAUCAGAGAAGUCACACAGGUGAGAAGCCGUUUCUAUGUUCUGAGUGUGGAAAAUGUUUUAUCCUUAAAUCACGUCUUGUUAUACAUCACAGAAGUCACACAGGUGAGAAGCCAUUUCCAUGUUCUGAGUGUGGGAAAUGUUUUGGACACAAAUCAGAUCUUGUUAAACAUCAGAGAAGUCACACAGGUGAGAGGCCAUUUCCAUGUUCUGAGUGUGUGGAAAUGUUUUGCACACAAAUCAGAUCUUGUUAAACAUCAGCAAAGUCACACAGGUGAGAAACCAUUUCCAUGUUCUGUGUGUGGGAAAGGUUUUAGAAACAAAUCGCAUCUUGUUAGACAUCAGAGAAGUCACACAGGUGAGAAGCCAUUUCCAUGUUCUGAGUGUGGGAUAUGUUUUGCACAGAAAUCAGAUCUUGUUAUACAUCAGAGAAGUCACACAGGUGAGAGGCCAUUUCCAUACUCUGAGAAAUAAAUCAUCUCAUAUUGCACACAAUAGACAUCACUCAGGUGAGGAACCAUUUUAAUCUUCUGGAGUAUACUUAUCAUUGCCAUGCGUUGUUCUUCAAGGUUCUUAUCCUAUCCUAUGCUUUUUGCAAUAUACAUGUUACCACAGGGUGAAAUAA